AUGCAGCCCUGGGCCGUACCGGUAUCCAAGCAGCCCUGCAGCCCUAGGCCGUACCGGUAUCCAAGCAGCCAUGCAGCCCUGGGCCGUACCGGUAUCCAAGCAGCCCUGGGCCGUACCGGUAUCCAAGCAGCCAUGCAGCCCUGGGCCGUACCGGUAUCCAAGCAGCCAUGCAGCCCUGGGCGCGUACCGGUAUCCAAGCAGCCCUGCAGCCCUGGGCCGUACCGGUAUCCAAGCAGCCCUGCAGCCCUGGGCCGUACCGGUAUCCAAGCAGCCCUGCAGCCCUGGGCCGUACCGGUAUCCAAGCAGCCAUGCAGCCCUGGGCCGUACCGGUAUCCAAGCAGCCAUGCAGCCCUGGGCCGUACCGGUAUCCAAGCAGCCAUGCAGCCCUGGGCCGUACCGGUAUCCAAGCAGCCAUGCAGCCCUGGGCCGUACCGGUAUCCAAGCAGCCCUGCAGCCCUGGGCCGUACCGGUAUCCAAGCAGCCAUGCAGCCAUGCAGCCCUGGGCCGUACCGGUAUCCAAGCAGCCCUGCAGCCCUGGGCCGUACCGGUAUCCAAGCAGCCCUGCAGCCCUGGGCCGUACCGGUAUCCAAGCAGCCCUGCAGCCCUGGGCCGUACCGGUAUCCAAGCAGCCCUGCAGCCCUGGGCCGUACCGGUAUCCAAGCAGCCCUGCAGCCCUGGGCCGUACCGGAAACGUUCCUGCACCACCUCCCCCCCCCCAUCGAGGUGACGGUAAAGAGGUGCUUCUCCUGCCCCGAGACCACCCAGCCCCUCGUGCCCCUGCGCCCAAUCAGGCCGCUGGCCGGGCUCUUCUACUCCAGGAAGUCCCUGAAGCGCCUGGGGGGGGGCAAGUGGCGCUCGUACGAGGACGUGCAACUGCAGCUUCACACUUCCCACGUGUCUGAGCGGAGAGAGGAAAGAGACCCCCCCGGCGCCGUGUUCUUCUCCAACCCUCUGUACCAGCCCCCCGAGAGCAGGGCGCCCCCCCCGGAUCCAUCAGCACCGGCCUUAGGGGCGACCCUCACAGCUCCGCCCUCUGCCCCCUUCCUGUGUCCUGCCCCAGCAACUACCCCAGCAACUACCCCAGCAACUACCCCAGCGGAGAAGGAAGAGCCCUCAGAACCAGGGUUAUUUGGAAGAUUCCGGCACAAGGAUCCCAGCAAGCGGCGCAGGAGAGAAUCCAAGUUUGUACAAACACAGCCCCUGUACCAGGAUUACUGGCGGCACCAUGCCAAGGCCUAUACCCACGGGCACGGCUCCACCCACGGGCACGGCUCCUUCUCUCUCGAUUCCUCCCUGUCAUUGGCCGGCCUCAUCUCCUCAUCCCUCGCCGGGGGGUCCCCACUCCCCAUGAACCCCCAAGUCAACCCUUCCUCUCUGUGGCAAGAGCUCCCCGAAGUGAAGAAACAGAAGAUUGUGGACAAAAUGACCCCCCGUCAAAGGCAACUUCAGGAGACCAUAUUUGAGGUGCUGACGUCGGAGGCCUCGUACCAGCGCAGUUUGGCUUUGGCCGUUGACCAUUUCCAGAAGUCCCGGAGACUCUCCGAGUGCCUCGAUGCCACAGACAGACACGCCCUGUUCUCCAACCUGGGGGCAGUUAGGGAGGUGAGCCAGCGGUUCCUGCAAAGUCUGGAAGAGGCUCUGGAGAGGGACAUGUUCCUGCGGGACGUGGGGGCGCUAAUCCUGCUGCACUGCCCCGAGUUCCACCGGGUCUACAUCCCCUACGUGACCAACCAGAUGUACCAGGAGAACCUGAUGCAGAGACUGGUGAAGGAGAAUGGGAGGUUCCUGCAGGUCCUACAGAAGCUGGAGGAGAAGUCUGAGUGCAAGAGGCAAAGUCUCAAGUCUUUCCUGAUCCUCCCCUUCCAAAGGAUAACCCGCCUGAAGAUCCUGCUGGAGAAUAUUCUAAAGUUGGCACAAGAUGACCAGGAAUUGGCUGAUUCUGCGAGGAAGUCUCUGGUGGCCGUUGGGCAGAUCGUAUCGGCCUGUAACGAGGGCGUCAAGCGCAUGAAGGAGAUCGAAGACUUGGUUCUUCUGGAGAAGCAAGUGGAGUUCCACAGUACCAAGUUCUUUCCCCUUAUUUCCAGAGGGCGGGUCCUUCUUAAACACGGAGAACUCCUACAGAUAUCCUUCCAGGAGGCGCUACCCGGGCACCGGCACCGACUCACCUCCAAACCCGUCUAUCUGCACCUGUUUAGUGACCUCCUGAUGAUGAGCAGAACCGAAGCAGAGAAGCAGCAGUGGAUUUCCCUCAUUAAUGCCCAGAUGUGCCCGGCGCUCAGCUGCUGACCCAGGUGCUGCAGGAUUGGGCAGGGGGAACUCUGGGCCCCCCAAUAUAUCUCCUGGGGCCACUCAUUCCCUGCACUGACUGAUGCCCCUGGGGGGGAAAUGGUUUCUGGCCCAAUCGCCUUCCGGACCCCUUACUGCCCCAAUCGCCUUCCGGACCCCUUACUGCCCCAUUGAGGCCACAAGCAGAGCCAGUUGGACCCGACGCAUCCGAAGCAACACAGAUCCACAUGGAGGGGCCCCAACUGCCCCCCGGCUGCUCAUGUGGGGGGCACUGGCUUGUUUGGGGGGGGGGGGCACUUGGAGAUUUGGGGUCACAUUGCUCUGAGCUCACUGACUGGGGGGGCAGGUAAUGGUUUGUGUGCGGCGUGUGUGGCGCCUCUUGUUUAUUCUUAUUCGUUGUUAUAAUAAAAUUCCCUUUUAUCCAA